AUGACAAUUCACACGGGCGCCCCUCUGUCGUGGGCUAUCACGGCGACUGCUGGAAGCGGUUUUCUCCUAUUUGGAUACGAUCAAGGUGUAAUGAGUGGACUUCUCACGGGCAAUGCUUUUACCCGUCAAUUCCCAGAGAUUGACACAACACCUACUGGUAAAGGCAGUUCGUCACUUCAGGGGACUGUUGUUGCCAUAUAUGAGAUCGGUUGUUUCUUCGGUUCAUUAUUCUGCUUCCUGUUCGGCGAAAGGCUGGGUCGAAGGAAGUGUAUAAUGAUUGGCUGCGUCGUGCUCUCAAUCGGUGCUGCUCUCCAAGCCUCUUCAAACACUAUUCCUCAACUGAUCGUAGGCCGGAUCGUAGCGGGGCUGGGGAAUGGGAUGAACACAAGCACCAUUCCAGUAUGGCAUGCCGAAUUAAUGAAGGCUCACAAGAGAGGGAAGGGUCUUGCCGUGGAACUCGCGAUCAAUAUAUUUGGUGUAAUGAUGGCAUACUGGGUGGACUAUGGUUUCAGUUUUGUGAAUAGUGCCGCUCAAUUUCGAGUGCCACUUGCUCUACAAAUUGUGUUUGCUGUUGUCACUUUCGCAGGGGUUCUUGUGCUUCCAGAGAGCCCGCGAUGGCUUCUUGCACAUGAUAAACCCGAGGAAGCCAGACACAUCCUUUGGGCUCUUGAACCAAACGCAAAUUCAAUUGAGCCCUCGGACGCGGUAAUUCAUCAGGAAAUGGCCGAGAUCCAACAUGCAAUCUACGAGGAGCGAGCUGCGGCCGAGGGGUCUGGCGGAAAAAGAGCUCUUCUGAAGAACGGUCCCCAGCGGUUCCUUCACCGUACUCUAUUGGGUAUCGGUAGCCAGUUUAUGCAACAGCUGAGUGGCAUCAAUCUUAUCACUUAUUAUGCCCCUGUAAUCUUUGAGACGUCGGUCGGCUUAUCGCACAGUAUCUCUUUACUGCUUUCUGGUUUCAACGGGGUCGCCUAUUUCCUCUCCUCUUUGAUACCCAUCUGGUUGAUUGACCGUCUCGGCCGAAGAAAACUCAUGUUGUUUGCAGCAGCAGGGCAGGCGGUUUGCAUGGCAAUAUUAGCUGGCACGAUCUCUAAUGGAUCGGCGAGCGCAGGCUAUGUCGCAACUGUAAUGCUCUUCCUCUUCAACUUCUUUUUCGCAGUGGGCUUUUUAGCCAUCCCAUGGCUUCUACCUACCGAGUAUGCACCUUUAGCGAUUCGAACUCCCGCAGCCUCUCUGGCUAGCGCAUCAAAUUGGAUUUUUACCUUCCUAGUAGUUGAGAUCACACCUGUCAGCAUUAAUAGUAUCAAAUGGAAGACAUAUAUAUAUUUUGCUGUCUUCAACGCUUGCUUCCUUCCACUCAUCUACUUCUUUUAUCCUGAGACCAAAAACCUGACUCUGGAGCAAAUCGAUGAGUUAUUCAUUGGUGAAAAAGUCUUGUUGCAUUGGAAGGAAUCUAUAAUCGCUACCGACGUACCUCAGGAAGAUCUUCGAGCGAAGUUUGGGGAGAAGACAAAUGUUGAACACAUUGAUAACGGUGCACUGCCUAAGGCAUCCUUGUAG